AUGGAGUUAGUCAAUUUGAUAAAAACAGUAGCAUCGCUAUUCUCCAAAACGUUCAUGCUUAUCGAUGCACUCAAUGAGCACCAAGCCCCCGAGGGCCUCCUAGAGACAAUCUCGGGAAUACGAAAACUCUCAAAUAUGAGUCUUUAUGCCACUUCCAGGUUCAUUCCAAGUAUCACUCAGCGAUUUCGAGACGACCGAAGGCUUGAAAUUAGAGCUUCGGAUGGAGAUGUAGCUGAUUACUUGAAUGGAAAUAUGGGACAGUUACCCACUUUUGUGAAGAGGAACACAGAUCUUCAAACACAGAUCAGAUCGAAGAUUGUGGCGAGUGUGGACGGCAUGUUCCUUCUUGCAAAGCUACAUCUCCAGUCAUUGACUGGCAAAAGAUCACCAAAAGCCGUCAAAGCCGCUUUAGAAACACUCGCCACUGGCUCCAGCGCUUAUGAUACUGCUUACGAUGAAGCCUUCGAAAGAAUUGAAGGUCAACUAGAAGACCAAUCAGCACUUGCCAGGGAUGCAUUAUCGUGGAUUGUUUGCUCGAAAAGGCCGCUUCAGAUCGUUGAGUUACAAGAAGCUCUUGCAGUGGAGCAAGACAUGACCGAGCUCGACGUGGAUAACCGGCCUGAACUCGAAGAUGUCAUCUCGGCCUGCGCUGGGUUGCUCACAAUCGAGGAAUACAGUCGUGUAGUGCGGCUUGUGCAUUACACUACUCAGGAGUACUUCCAGCGGAAUAAAACAAACCGACUGCCUGGAGCAGAAGCUCUGGUAGCAGCUGCUUGUGUGUCAUAUCUCAGCUUCGAUGUUUUCGAUGCGGGUCAGUGCAAAUAUCAGAAUGAACUAAGAGAUCGCCUCCAGGAUCACCCGCUUUACGACUAUGCUUCAGCGAAUUGGGGAUACCAUGUUCGGGAAUCACAUCACGUCCGGGAAGAGGUCAUGUGUUUCCUGGAGGACCAGGAAAAACUGUGCGCCUCAGUGCAGGUGGCCUUUAUGCCAAAGACCCGGUAUUUUUAUGAAGCCAAUCUUGUGACUAGUCGUGUCAUACGGUGUCCAAUUUUCGAAAUUUCUGGCUUACACGUUGCUGCUCACUUCGGACUCAGAGAGGUCUUCAGUCUUGUCUCGAACCGAAAUCGUUCGAAACAAACACAAUCUCUACCGGGAGCAUCAAACCACACUUGCCACUGGAGGAAGCUCGAGAUUAACGCACAGAACCCUGAGGGCGAAACCCCUCUUUUUGUGGCAGUAUCUAGGAACUUUGUAGAUCUGACCAGAGAUCUUCUGGAGUGUCAUGGCGCACAGGCGUCCAAGGACACUCAUGGGCAAACAAUUUUGUCCGUUGCUGUCCAAAUGGGACACUACGACAUAGUCCGAUAUCUUGUCUGUUGCCAAUUAGGUCACUUUGAUAUCAACGAGCCGGACACGCAUGGGUCCACUCCAUUGCUUUAUGCAAUCGCCAAAAAUAAUCAGGAUAUCAUAGACCUCUUACUCGACGUUGAUGGAGUUGCAUACAACCAAAAAGGCCCGGGCGGGAAAACGCCCUUGUUGUUGGCCGUAGGCUUGGGACAAGACUCUACUGUCAAGAAUCUUCUCGAAAGAGACGAAGUGGACGCAGACUCGAAGGACAACGAAGGUCGAACCCCGCUAUCGCAUGCGGCCAGGAACGGCAACUUGAAUAUACUUGGUCGUCUUCUCGAAACAGGCAAAGUGGAAGCCGACUCGAGAGAUGAUGCUGGCAGAAGUCCGUUAUCAUAUGCAGCCGGAAAAGGCGAUUUGGAAAUAGUCAGAUGUCUUCUUCGAACAGGAAAGGUCGAUGCAGAUUCCCGAGACAGAGACGAUCGGACACCACUGUUUUAUGCAGCCAUGGCUCCCAACAAAGAGACCGUUCGCUUUCUUCUUGAAACUGAGAGAGUCGACGUAAACACGUUGGACGUCUUUCGCCAAUCGAUCUUGCUUGGGAUGUGGCCUUCCUACAGGCUCUGGGAAGGUCCGCAGUUCCGGACUGCGGAAACACAUGCAGCGUUGAUGGACACGACCGAACUGUUGAUCGAAAUCGGAGGGGCUGAUCCAAAUGUGCGCGACAAUCGAGGGCGAACAUUGCUGUGGAAGGCUCUUUUCCACGGCCAUGUGGAACUGGCAGAAUAUCUCGUCAAUAGCGGUCGAAUUGAUGGACCCUUGAAUUCAAGGGACAUUGCCGGUCGCACUCCAAUGGAUGCCUUUGCUAACGAACUAGAAAAUGAAGGGGUUGCAAUGAAGCCCGCUCUCGUAGACAUAUGUAACGAGCUGGAGAGAUUGAGAGUGAAGAGCAACGACUGA